AUGACUUUCAUGGGUUCCAAGGAGUCUGCCUUUCUCACCCUCCUUAACCUUCUCUUCUUCAUUUCUGUGUCAUCUCACAAGCUGCCAUGCACUCCUCCUACUCAGCCCAUCCCAAAGACUACGCCCACGGUUCCAUACAUCCCCACUUAUCCAACCCCUCAGACUCCACCCACGGUUCCAUAUGUCCCCACGUAUCCAACCCCAGCUGAGACUCCGCCCACGGUUCCAUACAUCCCCACGUAUCCAACCCCUGGGGCUGGGGCUCCGCCAUUGACUCCGGCGCCCAUCCACAAGAAGCCUGGAAGCUGCCCACGAGACAUGCUGAAGUUGGGUGCAUGCACCAACUUACUGGGGACGCCGAUAAUCAUCGGCGCCCCUCUGAAGGGCCCAUGCUGUGCCGUGCUGGGAGGCCUGGCUGAUCUCGAAGUAGCGAUGUGUCUGUGUACAGCUCUCAAAGCCAGUAUCAUGGGUAUCAACAUUGGCAUGCCCCAGGCUUUCAGUAUGCUAGUAAAUGCAUGUGGAAAGAAGGUCCCCGAUGGCUUUCAAUGUGCUUAGUUGCUGCUAUUUCGGCUCUCAUUUCUCUACUCCUCUGUCAUUUUCAUGCGUACUAUUAGUUCGUCCUAUUUAGUUUCUUAGUGGGUAAUAUGUAUGACUUUUGUAUUUGUUUAAAGAAAAAACAGUUCUCAUGUCAAGUUUCACUGACUUGGGAAUUGUUUUUUUUUUAUUUAAAACACAAAAUCAUACAUAUGUAUUGGUGACCAGCCUUUUGGUAGAUAAAGUGGCUGGAGGAAAUGCCUAGUUGUACUGUUUCGUUUAGCAUGUAAUCCUUAUAAAAAUCCUUGUUGUAACGCAUUUAUAUAUAUGGAGCAAUGUAAUAAUUUUUAGUGGAUUAAUUACAUGUUUCUUCUUCAA